AUGCAACAACAUAGUAUAUGUGCUAUAGAACGACGAUUGGAACCUUACACAUGGUAUAAUGAACCAACUCGAUGGUCAUCAAAUUCAUCUACUAUUAUGGUUCAUACAGAUGGAAAAACAGAUUUUUGGAGACAAACUUAUUAUGGAUUCGAACGCGACAGCGGUCAUUUUUAUUAUCGUUCUAUAGACGCUCAACAAUCAUUUACUGCUACGGUCAAUGUCCGGGGUGACUACAAAGUAAUUUAUGAUCAAGCAGGUUUAAUGCUUCGCAAUGAUGUAUACAACUGGAUCAAAUGCGGUAUUGAAUAUGUUGAUGGACUUCAUUAUGCUAGUGUUGUUGUUACUGUGAAUGGUUGGUCCGAUUGGAGUGUUGUACCACUUGAGACACCUCCAAAUCCUUUGAGAUUACGAGUCAAACGCGAGAAAGAAGUCGUUCAUAUUGAUUAUGGAGAAGGUGAAAAUGGUGCAUUUAAAAUGAUGAGGCUUGCCUAUUUACCAGUCGCAAAGAAAACAGCUCCAAUCAUGGUCGGUAUUAUGUGCGCUUCACCCAGUGAGGAAAGUGAUGGUUUCGAUGUCACUUUUGAUCGAUUGAAUAUUACUACACAUCCAUAA